UAGAAAUGCAAUAAAAUAAAUCAACUGAUGAAAAUUACAAGGAUGGUAUGAUGUUUACUUCCAUUUACUUUUGGCUGUUCCAAAACAUAACCUAUGAAUGGUUAUAGAUGUCAAAAUAAUAUUGCAAAGGUAAAAUUUGUUAAUAAUGCCCUCAAAAAAGAAAAAAUACAACGCUAGAUUUCCAGCGGGUCGUAUAAAGAAGAUAAUGCAAACAGAUGAAGAAGUAGGCAAAGUAGCACAAGCUGUACCUGUUAUAAUUUCUCGAACGCUAGAAUUAUUUGUAGAAUCACUAUUAACAAAGUCCAUGCAAAUAACGCAAACAAGAAAUGCAAAAACACUCACUCCGUCCCACAUGAAGCAAUGUAUUCUUUCUGAAAAUCGUUUUGACUUCCUCAAAGAUCUGGUUAAAAAUAUUCCAGAUCCAAGUACUCAAGAAGAUAACGAAAAUAAUGCAUUAGAAGCAUCAGAGCUACUCAGUAGACAAACUUCAGAAGAAGAGGGCAUGUCAGCGAAAAACGAUAAAAGAAACAAUGGUGAAAACAAAGAUAAUUGUGCUAACAUAAAUUUGGAACAAAGCACAUCAUCAUCAACAAGUCAUACGUCGGUUAUACAGUAUGGUCCAAAAGUAUCUCAAAUGGAGCAACCAAGGUUUAAUUUUACUAUUGAAAACUUGGUAAACAAAACAAAUUUGGAGUCAACUGUUCACAUAGAUUUAAGACCAACAGGCAGUCAAUUACCUAUACCUCAAUUAGUGUCAUCUAGUAAUAGUGCAUCAAAUGAAGUCGAGCCUACAAUUUCAAAAUCAACCAUAAGUGAAAAUAUUCCACCACUCGCUCCACUAGCACACAACAUAUACAGAAAUAACAGUGAAGAAAACACUCUAUAUAUUGAUGAAGAUUAUGAUAACUGAGGGUACUAUAUACCUUAACUUCUGUAACGUUUACUAUAACAGUUAACUGGUAAUUUAAAAAAAGAAUAAGAAUUCAAAUAUGACAUUCAUUUAAAAAAAAUACAAGAUAUAAAAUAGUUGGCUACUGUUCAGAAUACAUUUUUGAAAUAACGCGAGUUCGUUUCGUAAUUAUUUUAAUCCUAUCAUUAAAUACGUGUAAUGUUAUUAUUUAUUGUAUGGUUAUGUGAACUGUAAAGCUGGCCUCUUGUAAAGUAAAAAACUUCUUAGUAAA